CAAAGCAGCACCGCGCAUGCGCGAAUUGACGUGGUUCUUCGGUCACUCCUAAAGAGUUCCGGAGAAUCAGGAGAAGGUAUACGUUUAUUUUUCCGCGCGUGGAAGUGGAGUAAAAUCUCCGUUUGAAUAUAUAUGUAUAUAUGCUUGUAUACAUAUAUUAAUAUAUCUGAAGAGGUGUAAGUUAAGACAAGAUCGUCAGAGCAACACAGCCGAGGAUUCAAGCCUCACGUGACAGUUGUGACAUCAUGGCCGAGAUGGACGUGGGUCCGUUCUCGCUGAUCAGCCUGGAGGACGAGCUGACCUGCAGCAUCUGCCUGAGUCCCUUCGACUGUCCGGUGACCAUCCCCUGCGGACACAACUUCUGCCAGGAAUGCCUGCUCGCCACCUGGAAGGACUCCUACAGCUGCCCUCAGUGUCGCACCCACUUCCCCACCAAGCCGGACCUGAAGAAGAACACGGUCCUCAGCACCGUGGUGGAGACCUUCAACCUGAGGACCGCCAAGAGCGCGGCCGGUCCGCCGGCGGAGGAGGGGGAGAAGGAGGAGAAGGAGGCGCGCGCGGCCGUGGGGAAGGAGGCCAUACGCUGCGAUACGUGCAUGCAAGCGGACGCGACGCACACCUGCCUCACCUGCAUGGCGUCUUUCUGCGAGGAGCACCUGCGGCCUCACCGGGAGAACCCGACGUUUAGGCUUCACCAGCUGAGUCAGCCCAUCGGAGACCUGUCGGAGCGGAUCUGCCCGGACCACCACAAGCUGAUGGAGCUCUUCUGCAGCCAACACAGCCGCCCCAUCUGCAGCCUCUGCCUGCAGCAGGUGCACAAAGGCUGCUCCUUCACGUCCCCCGAGGAGCAGAGGAACAAGACAGAGUCCGACCUGAGGAACAAGAUGGAUUUGCUGGACGGGAAGAUUGCGAAGAAUGAAAAUGUCAUACUUCAAAUAGAGGUCAUGCAGAACAAGCUAAAGGACUCCGCCACCAACAGGAAGGCGACUUUGGCAGCCGAGUAUCGGCAUAUACGGGACAUGUUGUCCCGAGAUGAGCAUGACGCUCUGAAUUCGGUGGACCGCGAGCUGGAGGGUGGUCAGACCAAACUCAAGGAUCUCGCAAAGAAGUUCACCGAGAACGUUGACAGCAUGAGCAAAGCCAAAGAAGACAUCCACAGUCUGCUGAGUCAGUCCCACACUCAGUCCUUCCUACAGGCCUCAUUUGACCUGCCUAAAGCUGCGACUUUUGAACCUUUCACGCCACGAAUCAACAUAGACUCCAAGAAAGUGACAGCAACACAGGCCUUUACUGCUCUCCUGAAGGAGCACCUGACAGAGAUCCUCAAACAGCCUGUUGAGGCCAGACAGCACUUCCUUAAACCAGUCACAGACAAAAAAGCAGUUCCUGGUUCAGCACCGGAGAGUUUUGGAAGUACUGGAUCUCAGCCAGAAUCUGAAGUAAACAUGCCUCCGAAGCAGAAAAGACCGCCGAGGUCCCACAGUCCAGGCCGUCCACCCAUCCAGCCAUUAUUCCAUCCAGUUCGUAUGCCUUCUUACAUGGAGCCACAUAGAGGCUGGAAUCCACAUCAGCAUCCACCAGGCCCUUAUAUGGAUCCUCAGUUCAUGGCAGGACAGAGGACAAAUGAUAACAGUGGCAUUCUUGAGCCACAAUGGAUGGGUCCAGGUCCCCAAACCAAACCAGCCGCAAAGAAGAAAACUCAAAAACAAAAACCUCCCCAGCCCACAGAACACAAUCUGGGGAAAGGGAAAAAAACCCUUUCAAUGGAGGACCUGCUGGACAAUGAGAAAGACAAAUCCAAAGGCCGUACUCCUGAAGCUAAAUCCGAUGAGACGCCAGAAACGUGUGACGUUCCCCCGAGCAUAACAUCAGCCAUGAAGAGGAGCGAUCUCCUGAAAUAUAGCUCAGUGCUGACGUUGGAUCCGAAGACGGCCCACAAACGCAUCGCGCUGAGCGACGGCCUCACCAAGGCCUGCGUGUCGGACGAGCCCGCCAACUACCCCGACUGCCCCGAGCGCUUCUCCGUCUGCUCCCAAGUGCUGGCCUCCAAGGGCUUCUCCAGAGGACGCCACUACUGGGAAGUCAAACUGAGCAGCAACAACUUCAUCGGCGUCGGCCUGGCCUACAGCAGCAUCGACCGCAAAGGCCCCACCAGCCGCCUGGGCCGCAACGCGCACUCCUGGUGCGUCGAGUGGUUCAACGUCAAGCUGUCCGCGUGGCACAACAGCAGCGAGACCGUGCUGGUCUGUGGCAACCCAAAGCGCGUCGGCGUGCUGUUGGACUGCGAGGAGGGCACUGCUACGUUUUACAGCGUGGCCGACAGGGCGUACCCUUUCCACUCCUUUGUCUUCCCCUUCGCGGAAGCUGUGUACCCGGCUUUCUGGAUCUUCUCGAGUGGCACGUUCGCCACUUUGUGCAAUCUGCAGGCAUGAAGAGCCCGGUGCACACUGAGGGCGAAUAAUGAUGAUCCACACUAGCAGGGAUUAAUGAUGUGUGGUUCAGUUAUCUCUGCUUUUGACCAAAGAGAUGAAGGAGAAGAAGUUAUUCUGCCCAGUCCUGGAUUAUUCAUGCAUAGCUUGAAGCAUCACAACUAGCUUCUGCCAUUAGCUGAAUCUUUAGUUGUGUGGCCCAAAGAAAUGAAAACGGCUUUUCAAAACACAGGAAAAGCAAUAUGCAGUAAUCUGCAGCAAUAUACUGUAGUUUACAGAAUAAUCCAGUCUAUAAACUGCAAAUUGAAGGAUUAGGACAUGCAUACAUGUCCCAAUUACUUUAUGGUUCUUACAGACCACACAUAAUGCAUACUGUACGGUAUGUUUGUGACUUGUGUGUCUCCUGUAUUUUGAAUAUGACUGGAAAAAGAAGUGAAUAAAUGAUGUCACUCUCCAGCAUAUUGCAAUGCAGAAUUUUCAUAUGAAAUCUAUGGGAACAAGGAGGGAAAUGGAGUUAUGGGGCCUCGUUGAUGUGAUAGAGAUCUUUUUUCACAUCAUGAUAUGAAUCAUUUCUAGUAACCCGAGAAAUGUCCUAUGCUCGCUCAAUCCAACUUUUAAUAGCAAACAAUAUUUAACCAUCCAGGUUAACACAGGUGGUAAAUUCCUAGAAGACUGCCAUGCAAUUGGGUACAAACAGAUUGGUUUCUGUGACAUGUGCUGAGUAGCCACUCCUCUGGUGAUGACAAUGUGCAACGCCGUUACAAGAGUGGACAAAGCAAUAAGUUGUCAAAUUCUGGUCUGGCUCUUGUAACAUUUCUGCUCAUUUCAGCAGCUGCUCCGUUUAUUAGAAAGUAAAGGUUCCCUCUAUGCCUAUUUUACUUUUUUUAAAUACUUCCGACGGGACAACGUAUUUAAAUAUUGUCAAAGUAUAUUGUUCACAUCAACUAUAGCCCCAUAUCUUUACUGCCUCAACUGUUUGACAGAUUUGGCUGAUGAGAAGUCGUAUUGACUAACUCCGGGAAGUCUUUAUUUGAAUUUUUUUCAAUUUCUGUGAUUGGCACGUUAAACCAAGAAGCACUCAGACUGCUCUGUUGGCUUUUUGUACAGUGGUGAAGGGUAGUUGGAUAUAUAGAAUCACGUGGAUUGUUUGUUGGGUGAUUUAUUCCUUGUAAUAUGACGUUUCAUCACAAUUGGCACUCUUGUUGGUGCUAAAAAGUGUGAACCAGCAUUCCGUGUGGACAUCAAGCAGUAGAGAUCCGUCUGCACAAUAAACGGUAUAUUAACCGUGAUGUUGUUCGAGCAUCUUUUUGUUGGGAGGUGUUCAGAUGACACUGGUGUCCGAGGGGACUUUACUGAACCUGGUAAAGGUUCGGAAGUGUUAACUACUGCACCGAAUUAACUGUUGGUCAAGUUUAAAGAUCUCUUUGAGGCAUUACAGGCAAUGCACUUUAAGUACUGACCUUCAUAGUUGCAUGAGAAUAUUUCAAUGUGCGGUACAUCACUGCAUAUAAAGUCUGUACUUGUAUAGUGAAAUCUACUGUUUUCACACAAUUAGAGAGUUGUGGUUUGGAACAAAAAUAUGUGUGACGCUAUCCAGAGAUUUAAGUGUAGACACUGGAUUGUUCCAUCCACCAUGCUUAGACGGCAUAACGGCCUUACUAUGCGUUGGCUAGUAAAGGAAUUACAGUUGAGUUCAUUAAACAUGUGACUUAAUUACUUAUGCCUUCAAAAUAACAUUGGAGUAAUUUUUCAUGCAUGAUUUCAUAAUUCAUUCAUUUGUGUUGAAUCAAUUAUCAAUAAAAUAUAUUCUCUCUGUCACUGUUUGGUGUU